CACCGCUGUAUUGAAAUGAAAGUUGCAGAUUUAGAGACGUUGGGACAGGGAGGAGAGGAGAUGGGGGGAUUCCAGGCCUCUAUGGUCUGGCUGGCCGUUCUCCUCCUUCUGCUGCUGGGGGAGACGGUGAACACAGGCCAGGAGUUUGACCCCUACAGAGUCCUGGGGCUCACCAAGAGCGCCAGUCAAGCAGAGGUCAAGAAGGUGUACAAGAGGCUGGUCAGAGAAUGGCACCCAGACAAGAACAAUGAUCCUGGGGCUGAAGAUAUGUUCAUCAAGAUCACUAAAUCUUAUGAGAUCCUGGGGAAUGUGGAGCGGCGUGCUAACUACGACCGCUACGGACAGACGGAGGAGAACAAGCAGGGUCAGCACCAGCAGGGCUUCAACCGACACUUCCACAACAGCUUCUAUUUCGACGAGUCAUUCUUCAAUUUCCCUAGGUCAGGCCGGGACUUCUCAGACAGCAAGUAUCUGCUCGACCACGCAGGGUUCAACAGUAAGGUGCUCCCCGACAGCUUCAAGCGGCCCUACCUGAUCAAAAUCACCUCCGAGUGGUGCUUCGCCUGCGUUCACAUCGAGCCAGUCUGGAGGGAGGCAGUACAGGAGCUAGAGCCACUGGGUGUGGGUAUCGGCAUUGUUGACAUUGGUUACGAGCGUCGCCUAGCCAACCAGCUGGGUGUCCAUCGCACGCCAUCCAUACUGGGUGUGGUCAAUGGUAGAGUGACCGUGUUCCACUACUCCGUGGUCAGAGAACACCUGCGACAGUUUGUAGAAGACCUGCUGCCUCAGAGGCUGGUGGAAAAGGUAACAGAUAAGAACUAUGUGUCCUUCCUGGGCAGCUGGCAUGUUGAGAACAAUCCCAGUGUGUUGCUGUUUGACCAAGUGCCUGCAGUGCCCCUGCUCUACAAGCUCACAGCGUUUGCCUUUAAGGACUAUGUGCGGUUUGGUUACGUGGACCAGGGACUGACAGAGACAUCCAGACUACUGCAUCAGUUCAACAUCAACAGCUAUGCUCCCACAAUGCUGCUGUUCAAGGAGAACAUUGAGCAACCUGCUGAUAUUAUACAGGCUAAAGGGAUGAAGAGACAGAUCAUGGAGGAGUUUGUGUCCAACAACAAGUACCUGUGUGUCCCUCGGUUGGUCAACCAGCAUCUGUUCGAUGAGCUCUGCCCCAUCAAGCAGUUCCACCGGCGCAGGAAGUACUGUGUGCUGCUGAUCACUGGUGAGGAGCCAGGGUUUGUCCCUGGUAACCAGGCCUUCUUGACCUUCGCCUCGUCCAACACUAAAGACGUCCUGCGCUUCACAUAUGUCUACCAGAGACAGCAACAACCACUGUGUCAGGCCUUGCUCCACAACCAGGCCCCACUGUUCGCACAGGUGGUGAUACUGGAGAGGCGGAGCCCGGGAGGUAAGGCUGUGUACCGGUCUGUGAUUGGUGGAUGGAACGGCAGUGACGAUGAUAAGACCCGCCUCCACGAGCAGCUGGAGCUCCUGCAGAGAGACCCCUCCUACCUGAGCUAUGACGCCACACUACCUGAACUAAACAACGAAUUGUCCCCCAUGUUUCUGAUUCAGUGGAUCAAUGCAGCUUACGAUUAUUUCCUUCAAAUCUAUGAUGACCUUCUCUUCUCCAACUGGCGGGAGAUGAUGCCCAUCCUGUCUCUCAUCUUUUCUGCUCUGUUCAUCCUCUUUGGUACUGUCAUCAUCCAGGCCUUCAGUGACUCGGGUGAAGAGAAGCCUCCCCAAAAACCAAAGCCAAAGAACCCACCAAAGACUGAAGACUCACCUGGUAGAGCCAAUACUUCCAGUCGUCCUCCUAAGAAGGACUUUGUGGAGGUGACGGAGCUGACAAACAUCACCUACAUCAGUAACUUGGUCAAGCUGAGACCUGGUCACAUCAACGUGGUCCUAGUCCUCACUGACGCUUCCAAGAAUGCUCUGCUCAGGAAGUACGCCAAAGAGGUGUUCUCCUUCUCCGGGACCCAGACCCUACACUUCUCCUUCCUGAAUGCAGACAAACACAGCCAGUGGAUGCCAUCUCUCUUGGAGUCUUGUCCUACUGCAGCCCGGGUCCUGACCCAUGGAGAGGAGGAGGAAGGGGGAGGAGGAGAGGGGGAUGAAUACUCCUCUCCCUUCUCAGGUCGUCCCAGAGACUUCACAGGCCAUGUUCUGGCACUCAAUGGACACAAGAAGUACUUCUGUCUCUUCAGACCUGUCUUCACUGGGGACACGGACACUGGCGGAGAGAGCUCAAGCUCAUCAUCUUCAUCAUUUGACGAAGGCUCCAGGAGAAAGUCUCGGUCAAGGUCGCGAUCCCAGUCGAGCUCACGUUCAAGGGCUACCAGUCUGGAGGUGCACCAUAAGCUGGACAGGCUGGGGCUGUGGAUGGAGAGGCUGAUGGAGGGGACUCUGCCCAGGCACAGUGUCCCUGGCUGGCCUGGGUUGGACACCACCUCCCCAAGCUCCAGCCCCGCUCCCCAGAACUGAGGAACUGGACUGGACCCGACCGGACCCAUAUGAAGUGUAAAUGAGAUUUCUGCAGCUUAAACGUAGCCAGUAGUCAUUAUGCAAAGCCAAUGAAUAAUACAGAAGAUUAAUAUAACCCUAUAAAGUAUACUAACCUUGUCCCAGAUCUGUUUGUGCUUUCUUGCGAAUGCCAACUUCAGGUGUGACAAUGGUCAUAGGAGUUGGUCAGACGGCACAAACUGAUCCGGGACCAGGCAAGAAACUGAAGCUCCAUCACAACAAUCAUUUUUUACUUUAGCUUUAGGGACUGUAGUAGGUGAAGCUUCAAAUGCACUGAUCUUGCCAUUGUCUUUCAUAGGAAGCUGUUAACCCGGAAUUAGGGCCUGAGACAAUUGACGUGUUGCACUGACUACUGUAUGUUUAGAUAUUUUGUUGUAAAUAAACACCAAGGACCCUAUUCAAUAACCACCGGCUCUUAGGAUUUAAAGAAAGGGGGUGGGGUGGCGGUAUAUUAUGUGCAAUUCAGAGGAGGCUGGUGUGGGGUGGAGUCAAGCGUUGUUUCCAUGUGGGGGGGGGGGGGGGGGUUACGUAGGUUAAGAUCCAUGUAGUGAACAAAAUAAUGUGAAGCAAAAAAAAAAUCUCAUGUACAGUUUUAAACUAGGGUCCUGUUCAAAGGAAUACAUGUUUGAAACAGGAAAAUAACUUGUUUUUGUAGCACAAAUUCAGGUAUGACCUCCCUUUUCACGACAUUUCCUCCUAUUUCAUGUUUACUGAACUUUUACCACAGUAACACUGGACUAAGAUCAGUUUUGGCUUAUUCUUUCCUAAUGGUUAGGACUUGGGAGUGAUAAACUGUUCCUGGCUGGUUGAAUAGAGCCCUUGGUGUUCUCUGCUGCUGCUCAGGGCCAGGUCCCCAAGCUGGAGAUCUCCGUACAACUCUUUUUAUAAAUAUUUAUUCCCCUUUGCAGAUCAGGCAGAAAGGUUGAAUCAUCCUUCUGUCUCGUUUCUUUAAUUUUACUUUCGUUUUGAGUCCGUGCCCUUAAAUAUACUGCUAUGGAUUUUAUUGCAUGUCUUUGUCAGAAGAAUAUUCCGUGUUUUGUCACCGUGAGAUUUGCAACGCUCCAUCAACUUUAUUCCACAACUCUUUCCUUCCUGUACCUCAUGAUGUGCUUGUGAACCAGGCUUGUGAUGGUGAGUAAAACCUUGCCUGAGACCUGAAGACUUUGGUUAAGGCUUUAGCUUAGCGAGCUAAACAGUCUGUGCUUGAAACCGUAUGGUCCAUGGUUCAAACCCAGUCGGUGACACUUGCACACAAGUUUUGCAUAAGAUGUCCUUUACUUGCAUUCUUGCUACAGAAUGAUUUCCCGCUCGCUAAGUUAAUAGAUAUAAACUACGUAGAUAUUUCACUUUGCCUGCCUUUUCAUUUGAAUGCGUUUCUCAUGUCCAUGUCCAAUAUUGGUGCUGAUGAGAGAUUUAAUCCAACGUAAAUUUGAGGAGUUGAACUGUUUGGGAGAGUCUGUAGUACUGUAGUCCAUUUUAAACGAUUAGUAUGAAAUGUGAAAUAUAUAAUUAUUUGAUGUGCUGUUAUUUAUUUGAUGUAACUGUGCUUCCUAACAUUAAUAAACAUUUUCUAAAUCUUUA